AUGGCAGAUCUUCACGAGAACCUGGCAAGCCUCCGUGGCCUGUACCAGGAUCUCUCCGCCACUACUGACAGCUCUUUUCUCAAUGUUGAGCGACUCAUAGUUGAGUUAGAGACACAUAUCGAUGAUUUCCAGAAACUCCUAGACAAGCCCGCGAAAAGCAAUGGCAGUCGCCAAACUGUGCUCUCGGGAAAGAUUACGGUUGCCGAGAUUGAGUAUUCUAUUAAUGAAGACUUCCAACAAGGUGCUCUCCAGCUAGCCGAUGCCCUGAACAUCGAUGAGCUGGAGGCCGCGGUUAUGUUCUUGGCAGCGCAAGAAGACUCCCGGAUUCUGGACCGUCCACCUUUGAUCACAGCGAUCAUGAGAUUCCACGAGCGCCGCCAUUUCCUUCUCGAGUGUCUUCGCCUUAUCUGCCGAGGGACCUGUGAAUCGGAGGAACCUGGAAUUAUUUCGCCUCUCAUGAGCGACAUGCUAGCUCGUGUCCUGAAGACAAAAAACGGAACAAUGCAAAAUGCUUCAGAUUACACACGCAAGGCCCUUCACUCUUUGGGAGACAUUGAGAGAUGGCUGGCCCUGUUGGGCGAUCAGAUUCAGAAAGCGUCAAUCGUUGGUCAAGAAGAAGAUCAAGAUAUCAUGGAAGCCAUUGAAUACCAGCGACGCAGUUUGCAACAGCAGCAUGAGUCUCUCGCAGCGGUUCUGUUCUAUCUUUUCCAGGGAACUUACACUAGUGCUGAAGACUUUCGCGUCCUCGCAAAUCAUCUGAAGAAGCUGGACCGUCUCGACGUUCUACUGGUUCACUAUGUCCCCAUCGCGAUAGCGGCCUUCAAUCGCCAUGGGUCUUCAGAACAUGGGUCUUCAACUGAAGCUCGAAGCCUUCACGGGGUUGUCACUCAAGCCAAGGAUGGACAGUCCUGGAGGCUUCCCCAAUUACAUGCGUCGAUGACGGCUCUUUGGCUCGCCAUCUAUAGUGGCUGGUAUUUUGAAAAUCAUCCUUCCGACCUCGGUCCGAGUUUUGACGCGGAGAGGGAAGCCGAAGAGCGGACAAAGACUUUUAUGACAUGUUUGGACGAUGGAGCAUUGGAAUUGUUGCUAGCUAUUUGCUCGAGUGUCAACAGUGAGCAAUGGGCAGAACCCGCGCGCAGCGAGCUGGUAGCUUUGCUUUUGAAAGAGAGCCCAAUCAGUCUCCCAGAUUCCAGUCACUGCAGCGCCUACAUGAAAGGCUUGCUAAUGGAGACCCUCGAAAUCUUCGUCGAGUCCUGCAUCGCAAAUAUGCCCGAUGCCGUCCGCAGGCUCAAAUCAGAAGAGGACAUCCAGCGGCUGGAUCAAAUCACUGCUCUCAGAGAGGGACUUACAUCCAGCACAAAUCGCGCCGUCGUUGAAGCGAAAACCCACCUGGAAACAUUCUUGAUGAUCAUUUCAUUUGCAUACGAGCACCGAGUGGAACCUGCGCAAGAAUGGUGGAGUGACGCCGAUGGAAAUCUCUACGGCUUUUUGCAAUGGGCAUCCAAGCGGCAGACCGUGCCUCGAGUCAGUGCCUUCUGUGAAAUGCUUUGCUCGAUAUCUGAAGGUGAAGAGAAUGCCGCUGCGGCGCACAGAUUCUUGACCGAGGAGGAAAAAUUCUUAUCCACAAAAUUGAAGCGAUCCACGAACAUGAAUUGGAGUCAGAUGUUUGCCGAACUGCAUCUUUAUGCGACCCGUGUCACCGAGAAAGCUCCAGUCGGGGGUCACGGUCAACAAGGCAGACAAGGGACUUUAUCUUCUCGAAAGACAGGGCGCAUUGACCUCAGCGAGCCGGAAUCUCCAGUCAUGCUCACUUCCUAUCUUCGUCUUAUAGGUCAUCUAUGCAAGCAAAGCGCAGCCAUCCGUAACUGGAUGCUUCAAAAUAAAUCCUUCAAGGUUGCAGAGGAGCUCUUGACAUUGUGUAGAGGCCCGAUUCCGACUCAUCUGAGGGCGACCAUCUUCACCACAUUAUCUGCCUUGAUGACCGACAGAACUCCGGGUGAUGGUUUUGAAAUGUGGGAGUCCCUCAACUCUUUCUUGACAAGUGCGCUAGUGGAUGAAGCUUCAAACCUUGUUAAAGCGCCUGCCCAUUCCAACCAUAGUUUGUGGUAUGAACAGCAGGCCUUCCAGAAGAUCGGCGAGGCUUUCGAUCAAACGAACGCCUUUGUGACUUUGAUAAAUUCAUUAGUCACGCCCAAUACCGGCACAAGCUUACAACCAUUAUCUCUUGCAUUCCCGGAUUCUUUGGGAGCUGCCUACCGGAUGCCUGGCAUUGAACCGUACAUUGACUUUGUUAUGGGUCAUGCCCUAUCCCGACGGGGACAAGAUUUGGGGAGCCAUAACUCACGCCUGUUGACUUACAACUGUCUUGAAUUUGUCGUGACAAGUUUGCGCACCUUUAACGAAGAGCUUGUGACAUUCCUCAGUUAUUCGACGAUUGUUGACUCUGCCGCGAAAGCACACAAUCUCGAGGCAUACACUCGCAUGCACCCGUUCUCCCGUGUAAUGGAGUGGCUUUUCAAUGAGGAUGUGUUGAGAUCCGUUUUCUCAAUAAGUCGAGUUAACAUAUCGGAGGUAGCUCAAGCUUCGUCUGACUCAGUCUUGGUUCUGACGGUGUUACGCAGCGUUGAAGUGAUGAAUCUUAUUAUGGACCUCCAAUCUACGUACUUCAACAUCGUCAAGCCGUUGGUCAAGUCCAAAUUCACUGACCACUCAUCGGUAGCCACUUCAUCACUCGCUUCGUUUGAAGACAGUGUGCUGAAUAACUUGUCCCUCGUACCUGCACUCUGCCUCUUCUGUGGUACGGGCCACGAGCAACUGACUGUCACAUCCUUAUCCCUCCUGGAAAAGCUCACGAGCUCACGGAAAUUGAACAAGAUGUCGUCACCUGAGCUCAUUAAAUGGCAGUCCUCCAACAAAAUUGUGGAGGUACUGGCAUCAGAGGUUGACGUUGAUAGUGUCGCACGCUCUUUGGUAUCAAUGAUGGAACCCGACUUGAGGGAGCUUGAAUACGGCCCUAAAACAGCUGGCUAUGUGAUUCGGGAAAGCCUUCUUGCGCUCUUGAAUAGCUGCUUGGGUAUGAUAACCGAUCGACCCACAGUUGCGCACCUUCUCCUUGGUUUCAGCUGUCUUGGCAACGUCCUUGACCUGCCUUCAAAUGGGCUAUUCGCCCAGGGAAUGUCUUUGCUGCAUGCAAUUAUCGGCUUCCUGCAACAAUAUCCAGACGAAGUGGGUGGGACUAUCACGUCAUACACAGUGCAUCUGAAGCGAAUGGCCUUUGAAGUAAUCAAACACCUUUGGUCCUCCAAGCUCGCAACUUUCUUCACCUUGAGUGAGAUGCGCUCUCAAGCAUUCUUGGUGAAUGCCUUCGCAAGCCAGCAGAUUAUCGGCCCCAACACCCUCUGGAACGGGUUUCCCGUAUCAGCCGAUGACUUCUGGAUGACCGAUGCUACUUCGGCUUUGGCGGAAUAUUUGCUGUAUCGCAGUCACCUGUUCUCAUAUGCUGCCACAGAGAUUCGAUCCGCGGCCAAAGUGAGCUCCCCCACGCUUCAAGCUAGUGUUCUCUCAACCCUCCUCGGAAACUCGACGUUGGACAGCGGUGAGCUCAUUCAGCAUGUCUCGGUAUUCGAUCUCUUCGAUUUCGCCGACCUCGACACUUCUCGCAAUUUCCAUUACCCGCAACUAACGUUCCUCGACGACCUCCCUAUCCACGAAUGCGUUGACUCAGAACGGGGCCCUCUUGUUUUGUUUGACAUUGCCAAAAUCGACGAAUUAAUUCAAAUUCGUAAAUCCGAGCUCUUCGCGUCCAGUCCGCCACGACCUCAAAAUGAGGAAGCCUUCGAAGUGGAAGCGGAAACGUUGAAGAUAUUCAUUCUUGCCACCAAUCAGCUUCGGCAGAUUUUACACAAUCGUUAUCUCGCGCUUCGCGCCUGGGCAGAGCUUGUCACCACCAUCACCACUUGCUCUGUUCUAGACGAUGCAACCAGGCCAACUUUCAUCCUCCAUGCCAUUCAGCUUAUCCUGCCCAAGCUAGAAGCUUCCAUCGAUGGUGACUCCGCAGAGUCUAUUGAACUUGCCCGUUUGGGCGAGACGUUGAUCAGCCAACUUGCAAGAGCUUGUCCAGGCACAUUUGCCUCGCGCAGUGGGGACAUCAUCGACGAAAAACUUCAUCAGCUCUUCCAGGUGUCCAUGCGCGGCAUCAUGCUCGCAUCGGGGAAUGUAGCAUUGCGAGAGGUCUUCUACAGCAUAUGCUCAAUUUACGUGAAUCGCAUCUCAUCGCAAGAGAUCAGUCAUGAGAACCUUCGCCGAAAAAGCCAACAGAUGAUCAAGACUGCUGGUCCUGGACUCGUCGAGACCAUCUGCGACGAUGCUUACACCGGGCAAGAGACCUGUCGAGCUGCGGCCCUGCUGUUACUAAAUAGCCUUGCAGCUCUUGACAGUCGAACGGAUGGCGUCCUGGCUGAAUCCAUGUCGCAGUCGAAUUAUUUGAGUCUCUUUUUCGAUUCGUUAAGAUCGUUACCAUCUGAAUUACGGAAUGCCCAGGCAGCCGAUACCGCUUCUCUGUUGGCAUAUUACGAGUCACUACUAGCGCUCCUUCAGCAACUUUCACGGACAAAGAGUGGAGCGACACACGUGAUCAAAUCUGGGCUGUUUGAAUCUGUCCGCGAGUCGCAAUUGUUUGCUGCGGAUCCGGAUAUCGGAAUUGAUAUUGAUAAUCCGGAUGCAUUGCGGAAAUAUUACGACCUCCUUCUCUGCGUGAUCCGUGUCAUUGUCUCUGCUGUCUUAUCACGAGGCGUCCACAACGAGCAGAUCAAAAUGCAGACCCAGACCUUUAUCUCUGAGAAUAGACCCUGCAUGGUCGGCGUUUUUAAAAGAUUCGCCAAAAUUGGUGGGACAACACCGCCCCCUCACCGCGAAGCUCUCUGCGAAUUGGUCAAAUCAUUUAUGGCGCUCGUGGCGGCUGCCGACUUUAUUGAGGUAAUAUUAACAUCCCGACCCCCAACCCUACCACACCCCGUUGACAUGCCACAGUUUGACGAUCCUGAGGUGCAGCAGAGCACACAGCCCACUCUUUUUUCAUGA